GCAGUAACGCUGGAAACGCUGUUGGAGUCAGGAGUUUAUUACAGUUAUGUAACAGUCUUAUAUGAUAUAUUUCACACUGGAUAGCCAAAGUUAGCUUAAUGUUCAACUAUGUUGAAUGUCUCUGGUAUCCAUUAGUUUGUUUUCCCUCCUCCCUCCUCCGCCAUGAUGUUUUCUAGUGAGCAGCAGAGCUCAAGGCAUAUUAAAGGAAUGUUCUCCAAAAAACCUCAUGGGGACGUCAAGAAAUCAACACAGAAAGUGUUGGACCCAAAGAAGGACGUGUUGACGAGGUUGAAACAUCUCAGAAUAGUCAUAGAAAACGCAGAGCCGUCUGAGCUGAAACAGUUCUUCGACGUGAACUACUCCCAUAUCUACUAUGUCUUCUUUGAGAACUUUGUCACCAUUGAGGUCAGCCUCAAGCAGAAAGGUCACAAGUCUCAGAGGGAGGAGCUGGACUCGAUUCUCUUCAUCUUCGAGAAAAUCCUCCAGCUCCUGCCAGAUAGAAUCCAGAGCCGAUGGCAGUUCCACAGCAUCGGGUUGAUCCUCAAAAAGCUGUUGCACACUGGGAAUUCUCUGAAGAUCCGUCGUGAAGGCGUGCGCUUGUUCUUGCUGUGGAUGCAGGCAUUGCAGAGUAAUGCAGAGCGCGAGCAGCUCUGCAUGUUUGCCUGUUUGAUUCCUGGCUUCCCAGCUCCACUCUGCCACGGGACCCCACGCACCCUGGACACGCUGAUCAACCCACCGCUGAGUUUAACAGAGACUCAGGUUACCCCAGAAGAGAUCACUCCACUGGUUCCUCCCCAGUCAGGUGACAAGAACCAGGAAGACCUCACUGCUUACUUUUUAGAAGCACUACUUAAAUACAUGGUAAACCAGGCCAAGUCUCUUGAGUGGCGUUAUAAAGAGAACCACGAACGUGGCUUCAGCUUCCUCUUUGGUCACUUCAGGAAGUUUUACCUUCCUCACAUCUUUCCCAACUUCGCCAUGGAAACCAGUCUCUACAACCCAAUACUGGACGUGCCUCCGAUGCGUUCUAAGCCCUACUACAGUGUGGUGCGCAGGGAGCAAGACGGGGGUGAGACCGUGUACUGCACCAAGGAGAGCUUCCUCCAGGCCCGAGUCAUCUUCAUCCGCUGGCUGGUUUCCUUCUGGCUCGAGCCACGGCCCAACACGAACGCACACAUCCCAGGAACAGAGGGAGAGAUCGUCCCCAAGAACAUACAGCGAGCAGCAGCCGGACUGGCCGCUCGCUCUGCAGGCAGCUCAGACGACAGCGGCGGAGGCGGGAUUCGGUCCGACAGCCACCUCGAAGGCAGCGGGUGCUCAUCUGGAUCGGGCGGAGGCAGCCUGGGGCUGUCUGGGAGUCUGGGGGCCGGUAAUGAGCCUGAACAAAGCCACUCCAACACAUCCACGCUGACAGAGAGGGAGCCCAGCUCCUCCUCGCUCUGCUCCAUGGAUGAAGAGCAGCUCACGGACAUGGAGGUGGUGAGGAGAGUACUGACCUGCUCCAGAACCAACGUCAACUUCAUCACUGAGAUCUUUAGACAGGCAUUUCUCCUUCCCAUGUGCGAAGCUGCUGCGAUGCGUAAAGUGGUGCGUGUUUACCAGGAGUGGAUCGCCAUGGAGGACAGGCCAGUGUUUAUGAAGGAGCCAGAGGAGGGCCCCUAUCCCACAACCGGCAGCCUGGAUUCAGGCUCUCAGCUCGGAGACAAGGAGGAUGAGGGAAUGAACAGGGGGAUUGACAGUGAAUUGCUGGAGUACAGCGUUCAUGCCGGAGUUCAGACGACACUACAGGUAUUUAUCACCCACUCCUCCAACGUUUUCCUGUUGGAGCCAGCCAACGACAUCAAGAUCCUUUUGGAGGAGCACGUCGACAUGUGCAAGCGAGUCCUGAACAUCUACCGCAGCCUUGUCAUGCAUGAGACCAUGGACCAGAAAACAUGGGAGCAGGUCUUGCUGGUUCUGCUGAGGGUGACGGAGUCGGUGAUGAAAAGACCUCCAUCCAUCAUGCCCCAGGGCAAGAAGAACUUCACACUGUCAGGCAGACUGGCUGGACCUAUCUUUCAGACACUGAUAGUGGCCUGGAUUAAGGGGAACUUAAACGUCUACAUCAGCAGAGAACUGUGGGACGACCUCCUCUGCGUCCUCUCCUCUCUUACCUGCUGGGAUGAACUGGUCACUGAGUGGUCACUCACCAUGGAGACCCUCACCAAGGUGUUGGCCAGGAACCUGUACAGUGUUGACCUGAAUGAGCUGCCUCUGGACAAACUCAGUGAACAAAAACAGAAGAAACAUAAAGGAAAAGGUAUAGGUUCGGAGGGCCAGCGGCAGAUUGUGGAUCGUUCCUUCUCUAAAGGCUGGAGCAGAGACCAACCAGGCCAGGCGGCAGCCAUGAGGCAGCGAAGCGCCACCACCGCCGGCUCACCAGGCAUCGAAAAGGCCAGAAGUAUUGUCCGCCAGAAGACUGUAGCCCUGCGUAGCUGCUCUACGGGGGACUCUCUGCUGUCCUCAGCCUUUAUCCGCAGUGCUAAGAGUGCUCCCGCUCUGGCUCCGCCUCUUCCUGUCCUCCUCCACCACCACCACCCUUUACUACCCCCCCUUGCCGACCAGCUGGCAGACCUCGAGGACCCGCCAAUCACACGGACAUCCCGCUCCUCUCGGAUGCGCCACUCUUCCCAAAGCGACGAGGCCCCUACAACCUCCUGCUCCGAGGUCUUCCAGGCAGGGUCAUGUGACCUGGAUAGCCCCGCCCCUUCCUCCCUCGCACGGAGCAGCAGCGCCUCUGACAUCAUGGAGCCUUUCAUCGCUGAGCGGGUCAAAGGUGAAGACCCCCAGAGGGAUCCCGCUUCGAUCCCGAACCCCCCCCACCACCACCACCACUCCACAACUUCUUCCUUACUUGCAGUCAAUAGCCACGCAGCUCAACCACUCCCACACCCCCUCACCUCCUCUUCUCCCACCCCUUUAACCAAUGUCUCCAAUGGUGUUGUGUCCUCGUCCUCAGAGGGACAAGAUGAUGGUCGUGUUUAUGACCGGUUCUGGCACCAGAUUGGCUCUCGAAGCCGGGUAUCUAGUGCGGAUUGGGUAAGCGACUGGGAUUCGGCGUUCGCCGUUGCGUCCGAAAAGGAAAUUGAUGUAGAGGAGGGUGAAAUGGGGGCUGGGGCAGAGGAAGAUGAUUUAUUCUCCUCUAUUAGGGACUACCUCACUAACAAAGGAGGCGAGAGGAAGGAGGAUGCAGGAGGGAGAGAUAGUCCUGGUCAUGUACUAGAAAACAGUGUUGCACCUGUCACUGUGCAAACAGGGAUAGCGAGAACACAAAUGGAAUACACAGGACAGGUAGGAGAGGCGAGACAGGUGGUGAGAGAGGACAGGCAGACGUGUAAAGAGGACAGACAGGUAAGUAAUCCAGUGAGACAUAGCAGUGUGGAUUCAGCAGAGGAGAACGAAGCAGAGCAGCGAAGCAUCUACGAGUGCCUGGAGUUGCAGUGUGAGUGGCCGUCGCCCAAUGCUAGGGGGAGCUUAGAAAGACACACUGGGGAGAAAAAGGGAGCUGGAAGUACAGGAAAGGAAGAAGGACGGGAAGGGAAAUGUGAUGCAUUGAGGGAAAUAGGAGAAGAGAAACAGGGUGAUAAAGAAGCAGCAGCAAAUGAGAGGUCCAUUUUAUUCAAACAAGAGACUAGUUCAGUAGAAUCUAGCACUGAAUCAAAUCAAACUUCAGACUCAACUAAAGCCAAGACGUCCCGUAUCACCAAGAGGCAUUCCGGGGGUGUUCAUGUCAGCUUCCGGCCCUCGACCGAGUCAGUGCAGUUCCACAACCCCCUCGAGAGUAAAGAGGCCCACUGGAAAGCCAGGCUGCGGCGCCUCAGUCACUUCCACACACACAGCCACUCAGCUGGGGAGAGGCUUGGGGCCGGAGCUGGAGCAGGCUCCGGGGCGAAGCCGGGAGCAGGAGGCGCAGGUAAGUUUGGCUCUGCUGCUGGGAUUAGCCACCGAGCAGGGGCACACGAGAAAUCCGCCUCAGGGACUGUCACGGAUAGCAGCGGGGCAGGGAACACAGCAACCGCCGGAGGCCUGGACAACAGGGCCGGGACCGGAGGGGACAAGGACAAGCAGCAUCCCGGAUCCUGUGCGGGAUCCAACCUGGGCUCUGAGGCUCACUCGGAGGGCUUAUCAAGCAGCUCAGGGUUCGCCGGCGUGUCGUCGGGCGUGCGCGGCCGUUUGGGACGCUCCGCCUUGCGGUCCCGAGCCUCCCGCUCGCGGUCCCAGGAGCCCGGCAGCACCGCCUCGCGACACCACCAGGGGGCUCUCCUCGGUGGCGUCUAUAAGACUGUCGUUCACGCUCUGUCUUCGAAGCCACGGCCCCGAGGCCAGGGGUCAUCCCAGGGCUCGUCGCCACAGCGGCAGGGCCGGGCCGCCAUGGGCGACGCAUCGCUCAGAGACCUCUACUCCCACGUCCUGGGCUACUUUGGGCGAAAGACGGCAACGCCAGCCAACAAAGAGGAGGUGGUCCAGAAGGCUCGUCCAGUCUCCAGCGACGUGGGAAGCACCAACCCGAACUUCUCUGACCUCAUGGAUGAGUUUAUCCAGGAGAGGCUGAGGGCCAAAGGAACCGCGGGCCGCCGUGGCAGCAGCCCGGGAAGUCUGGAGGUUCCCAGGGACCUGCCGGAGCUCCUGGAGGCAGGUCAGAGUCCUGGAUCACGACCCUCAGAUGAUCCCCGUCCCAUUGACGAUCCGGGGGUUCCCUCGGAAUGGACGUCACCCGCAAGUGCCAGCGGUUCUGACGUCGUCAGCUCAGACAGCCAGUCAGACUCCUUUAAUGCCUUUCAGUACUCCAACUGCAAGUUUGAUAAUUUCACUUUCAGUUCAGAAUCUUGUGGUGGAGGAGUUGGGUCUGGGGGAGGAGGUCGAGGCAGCUCACUGGACCAGGACAGCCUGGGAGGAGGCGUGGCCUGUGAUGAACAUGAAGUAGCCAGUUUGACAACUCUUCACAUCGACUCAGAGACCAGCAGCCUCAGCCACACUGUCACUGUUACUGGUUCUGAGAGUGCAUCUCCUAUGCAUUCCCUUGGGGGCUCUCGCUCCCAGACGCCCUCCCCUGCCACACUGACAGCAGAGCACCCUGAUCACACACACUCGCACACACACCUACAGCUGGACCAGAAGCUCCACAACUCCGUCCUGCAGACUCCAGAUGACCUGGAAACCAGCGAGUUCCCCAGCGAGGACUGUAGUGUCAUGGCGGGCGGCUCUCUAACUGGAUGGCACGCAGAUGUUGCCACGGUAAUGUGGCGGAGGAUGCUGGGUAUCCUGGGGGAUGUCAAUAGCAUCAAAGACCCAGAGAUCCAUGCUCAGGUCUUCGACUAUCUGUGUGAACUGUGGCAAAACCUGGCCAAGAUAAGAGAUAAUUUGGGCAUUUCUCUGGACAACCAGUCGUCUCCCCCGCCACCCGUUCUCAUCCCACCCCUGAGAAUCCUCACCCCCUGGCUUUUUAAGGCCACCAUGCUGACAGAGCGUUACAAGCAGGGGAAGCUUCACGCCUACAAGCUGAUCUGCAGGAUCAUGAAGAGACGGCAAGAUGUUUCCCCAAACUCCGACUUUCUCACACACUUCUACAACAUCAUGCACCAAGGACUGCUGCACCAAGACCAGGACAUUGUGAAUACCAUCAUAAAACACUGCAGUCCCAGGUUCUUCAGUAUCGGUCUCCCUGGAGGCACCAUGUUGAUCCUGGACUUCAUCAUCGCAGCUUCUAGAGUCACCGCCUGCUCAUCACUCAAUGCUCCAAGAGUGGAGGCCCAGAUCCUGCUGGGAUCUCUGGUGUGUUUUCCCAACUUAUAUGAGGAGCUUCCAGCCCUCCAUCCCACCACAGCCGACGUGGUGCUAACCAAGUUCCCUGAUGUCAAGGAGCACAUUAUCAAAACCAUCCUGACCUCUGCCAGGGACGAACCCUCUGCUCCUGCUAGGUGUGUGGCUCUGUGUAGUCUGGGUAUCUGGCUGUGCGAGGAGUUGGCUCAUGGGACUCAACAUCCACAGAUUAAAGAUGCUCUCAACGUCAUCUGCGUUACUCUGAAGUACUCCAAUAAGAACGUAGCACUGGUGGCGUCAGACAUCCUUCACCUACUGAUCAGUCAUGUGGAUCAUCUUCAGAAAUUCCCCCCUGACACUCCAAAGAAGAUCGUAGAGAUUUUGAUCGCCACCAUCACACACUUGCUGCCUAAUACCGAGUCUUCUCCUCAUGAACUGGAUAAGAGGCUGGUAGUGUCCCUCCUGCUGUGUCUGUUGGACUGGGUGAUGGCUCUGCCUCCAACGACUCUUCUUCAACCCGUUCAAACACGAAGCCCUCCAGACAGGGACCAGCCUACCAAGACUCUGCUCAGCUGUAUUUAUAAGGUGCUACAUGGUUGCGUGUAUGGAGCCCAGUCUUUCAACAGUCCCAAGUAUUACCCGCUGCAGCUGUCUGACCUGCUGAGUGCAGACUACGACCCGUUCCUGCCGUUAGAGAGCCUCCGAGAACCAGAACCACUGCACAGCCCGGACUCUGAGCGCUCCAGCAAACUACAGCCCGUCACUGAAGUCCGCAGCCGUAUUCAGCAGGGCCUGGUUUCCAUCGCAGCCAGAACAGUUAUCACACACUUGGUCAACCAUCUAGGACAUUAUCCAAUGUCUGGAGGGCCUGCUACUCUGUCUAGUCAGGUGUGUGAAAACCAAGACAACCCCUUCUGUGAGAGUGCAGAUCUUGGACCAGAGCUUUUCCAUUCACCAAACCUGCAGUUUCUGGUUCUGAACGGCUCCACACUGCUCUCCGUGUAUCAGAUCCGAUCAGAGUCUGGUGUACCAGGAGGCGGAAUGACAGCUGGUUUGUCCUCUGCUCCCGCGUGCGUUCGUGUCAUCAUCCGAGAUGUUGCCGGAAAACACUCCUGGGACUCUGCCGUUCUCUACGGGCCUCCGCCGUGCACCCCGAGCAGCCCAGCACACACAUUCAUAUCACACACACAAUCGCCUCACAGUGCGAACCUUCAGUUACGCACUCCACCAGGGGGUCCGCCGAAAAAGAUGGGAGAGACGCGAGAAGACAGCGAAGAGGAGGGGCAGGAGGAGAACGAGUCAGAAGAGGAGGGGGGAGGGAUGGAGGGUGAAAGGCAAGUUUUUCAAGGAGAGGGGGAGGAGGAAGAGGAGGAGAGGAAAGCCGCCGAGGAGGGGACAGGAGAACGAAGAGGAGGUGAAGGAGAAGAGGAGGAGCAGGAGGAUGAGGAGAGGAACAGGCAUAGGAUGGAUGGGGAGGAGGAUGGAGGGGAGUCGGGCUUGGAGCUGCUCCUAGCUCCUCCAUUGGCUAAACGUGUGUGUCGGGAGGCAGUGCCAGCCUGGGAUUCACUGAGGGAGGAAGACGACGCACUGGAUGAAAUGCUGCAGUACCUGGGAUACUCGAGUCCUGAGUGUCUACAGAGAGCAGGCAUGCCGCUCAACAUCCCAGCCGCUCCUCCAGCCUGUGUUUCAGAAAAGCAGGAGAACGAUGUGAUCAACGCCAUCCUGAAGCAGAGCGCUGCUGAGAGAGAGUUCGUCCUUCAUAGAGGCGAGGAGCUGAACUUUAGGGCUGUGCAGCAGACUGAACCAGAGACGGAGACACCACAGUCAGCCUUCUACUACUGCAGACUACUGAUCAACAUACUGGGGCUCAACUCCUGGGAGAAGAGGAGUAACUUUCAUUUGUUGAGGAAGAAUGAGAAGUUACUGAGAGAGCUGAAGAACCUGGACUCACGGCAGUGCCGUGAGACUCAUAAAAUAGCAGUAUUUUAUGUGGCUGAGGGCCAAGAGGACAAACACUCCAUACUUACCAACACAGCGGGCAGCCAGGAUUAUGAAGACUUUGUGUCUGGAUUGGGCUGGGAGGUGGACCUCACUACUCACUGUGGCUUCAUGGGAGGUCUCCAGAGGAAUCGCAGCACAGGCCAGACUACACCUUACUACGCCACCUCCACUACUGAGGUCAUCUACCACGUCUCCACCCGCAUGCCCCACGACCAGGACCACAACCUCACCAAGAAGCUCAGACACCUGGGUAACGACGAGGUCCACAUUGUUUGGUCGGAACAUUCCAGAGACUACCGGCGAGGCAUCAUCCCCACUGAGUUUGGAGACGUGCUAAUCAUCAUCUACCCCAUGAAGAACCACAUGUACUCCAUCCAUAUACUCAAAAAACCCGAGGUGCCGUUCUUUGGUCCGCUGUUUGACGGCGCCAUAGUGGACAUGAACAUUUUACCCACCAUGGUCAGAGCUACAGCAAUCAAUGCCAGUCGAGCUCUCAAAUCCCUCAUUCCACUGUACCAGAACUUCUAUGAGGAGCGAGCCCGAUACCUAGAAACCAUCGUGCAGCACCACCAGGAACCGACUACAUUUGAGGAUUACGCUGCUCGAGUCUACAGUCCUGCUCCCUGCACACACCUGCCCUCUGACGCAGGCUCCUGCCUAGAGAUUCUUCGGGGAGAAAGUCCGGCUCUUGGGGAGGCCGGGAGCGACUCGGCGUCCCCCAUGUCUCCUCGGACUAGCAAGAGCCGCAUGUCCAUGAAGCUGCGACGCUCCUCCGGAUCGGCCAAUAAGACUUAAGCUCUCUAGAUCACACGGCCCAGUCGGAACUGAUCAAGCAAGCAGACACUUAGUCCAAGAAAGAUGUUACUUUAGGGGAAAUUUGGUCCACAAUUGUGCUUAAAUGUGCAAGAAAUGAAACAAAAUGAACUGUUGAGACAUAGAUAUUGAUGGGUGGCGUUACCGGGAAUGAGCGUUACCAUCGGAGGUAUCUGUAGAAUUUUGACUUAAUCUCAAAAACACAUGUAAUUAGCAUUCUGUGGACUAUAUCACACUGUAACUUUAUUUUGAAAUUGCUCACAGCUGCUAAAUAUAACCUCGGCUUUGCUCUUUAAAAAAAACAACUCAGAUACCAGUUGAACCAGUGCUGCAGCAUGCUGGACUUUGCCACAGUAAAAUCAGUAUCAGCAGUGCAGUAUUAGUUCAUCAUAAUUAUGUGCCACGUUAUAAAUUGCACAAACUCCAGUGUAACCGGGGGCUGCAAGAAGCUUAAGCGUGCCACAUCAUGCACUGUUCAAUGAGAUGAAAACCGCAGAACAAGGAGAGGUCGCUAUGGGGGAAUCUGUAUAUUUGUACUAUAGUCAGUCCGUGUGUGUACAGACAGAAACACGAGUUUUGAUAUAAAAAAGAAUGAAUUCAGAAUGAUUGCACGUAUAGCGUUGCAUGGAGAAAGCAAGAUAAAGGUAUAUUUUUGUUCUCAGUACAUUAGGCCUAUAAGAAUAGAAGGUCAGAGGUCAGUUUCUAUCAAGUCCUCAUAAAAUGUAAAUAGAAACUCAUUCAUUUGUUAGCGAUAAAACAAGAACAUUGGUCGCGGAUGUGGCAACGUCUCUCAGGCCAAAAAAUGUGUUUGAAUCCAGAAGAAAAUCCCCUCUUAGAACUUCCAGUAUGUGAGAAUCAGUGUUAAAGUUAAUGAUGGAGGAAUUGUUUGUUAUUCAUAAAUGAGGAAAAAAAGGUGCUUUCUAGAAAAUUAAUGAUCAAACAGGAAGCACUUGAUACAUAAGGUUUAGUUCUGACCUUUUUUCUGCUCAUGCUGUAAAAUGUGGACAAGCACUGAUUGCAUUUAUUUUGUUUUUUAUUUACUGUAAAAUGUAUUUUGACCCGAACAAGAAUGUUGCUGUAUUUUUAAGUUCAGUGUCACUCUGUCAUCUGAUACAAUGGAACCACAGCUUUCCUUUCUUUGUUCCUUUAUAACUAUAUAUAUAUAUUCUUUAUAUCUAUAUAUGUAUGAGUAUAAAUAUAUAUAUAUAUAUGGUAGAUAUAUGAAUAUCUAUAAGGAUGUGUACAGUGUGAGGAGGCUUGUUGUGUAUAUACUGUUAUGUGAGAAUAGCUGCCAAAGCCAAACUGGUUUAAACUCAGACCAUAUUAUCUGCUUAAAGUGGGUUGAACACUACAAGAUGUUACGCUUCAACGGUUGUUCCUUUUCAUAACCAGUUUGUACUUCAUUCUCAAGGAAUUUAAAGGUGAUAUCAUUUUAGCUCGUCUUUACUGUUGAUAUGCCAGUUUUUAGGCCAUCAUUUUCCUUGUUUUUCAUUGUUGUCUUUUUAUUUAGACUCAUCCCCAGUUCCAGUUCUGGAUGGAGGGGAUCUGCAUGUAAUCACAAUCCAGAAGAUUUAACACUACAGUUCAUGUAUUUAACUUCCUCGUUUCAGCACUCCAGCCGAACUCGAAUAAAAACUGACACGGUUUCAAAUUACAUAAUUUAUGUACUUCAGGUUUCUCUUUAUAAAUCAGCUGUGGUUCUUCGUUCUGCCAUUUAUUUUUACAUGGUGGCUUGUUUGCCGCGUGUCUCCAUUCAUUUCCUUUUCCAUGUCCUGAUCCCUGAUAGAGGAAACACACGUGGAAGAUCCUUAUUUGAAAAUAUAGAUCGGAGUUAAAGGUUUUGCAUCACUGCUUAACAGUAUUCACAACUGUAUUUUCUGUUACUGUUUUAUUUUAUUAUUUCAGCCAUAGAUUCUCUGUAGAGAGGAAAGGGAUUGUUCAUUUUUUUUUUUUUUUUUUUUACCCCUCCGUGGGGUUGAAAUUUGUAAAAUGAGGUCAAAUUCAUGUUGUGUUACUUUGUGUGUGAAUAUUUGAAGUUCACUUCAGAUUUGAGUUGUCCCUUUAAAUUAUUGCUGUUACAAUUAUUAUUAUUAUUGCUGAGGUUGAAGAAGCACCAUCGAUUGGUUGCAACACGUGGUGCCCCACUGCACUCUGGGUCUGAUCUGUACAUGCUGUAUGCAGCUCACCUGCGACUCACCGACUGCUUUGGUUACAUCCUGUAAACACUUGGACAACCUGAACCUGUUCAGGCUACAUCCCAGUACCUUUAACUCUUUAGAUUAAAACACAAUGUGAUUACUGGAAUCAUAAUGCUGCUUUUAUAAUCCCCUGGAAAAAAUUGGAAAUGAGUGUUUGACUUUAGUUUAAAACCCCUCGUUAGCAGCAACCAAAAUGUAUGGAAAACCUAGGUUACCCAAAGCCUUUCAGGAUUUAUCAAUAAUUCAUAUCAAACUCCCUGAGGAUUGUCUGUCUGGAAGAUUGUUCAGGUGGAAGUAUUUUUCAGCCUUUUUCACCCACAUCUUACAUCUUGUUAGUUUAAAUAGGAAGGUAAAAAAAGUCAGAGCCCUUUUUUUCUGCAGCCAUAUCAACCGCAGAAAUUUCCCCUCAUUUAUAAAAUUUGGAACUUCUUUUUGGCCGUGUCGAUGGAUGCUCUGAACACGAGGAGGGCUGUGAUGGAUUUGGGUUCAUCAGUUUGGAGACAAAGCUGAUGUAUGUAACUACUGACUGUACAUACUGCAUGACGCCAGUUCAGUACUAACUGCAUGUAACAGCUGUAUCACAACACACACACACACACACGUGCACGCUCGCACUCCUCAAACUAUGUUGCUGUCAGACCUGUAGUGUGUUAAACGUGUAAUGUCUCUUUUGGACACAGAGAGAGCGUGCGGACGUGCGAUGAUGGAAUUUGACAAUAAAUGAUUCGUACCACUUGA